UCAACAUCAUCGAUGGACGGCCUUCUCGGACUUCUAAGGAUUCACAUCAAGCGUGGCGUCAACCUUGCUGUUCGUGAUGUCAAUACAAGCGAUCCAUAUGUGGUGGUUAAGAUGGGAAGCCAGAAACUCAAGACUCGUGUCAUUAGAAAGGAUAUCAAUCCUGAAUGGAAUGAAGACCUUACACUCUCAGUAACAGAACCCGUUCUUCCAUUCAUGCUGACUGUGUAUGAUCAUGACACAUUUACCGCAGAUGACAAAAUGGGAGAUGCUGAAUUCGACCUCACACCAUAUGUAGAGGCCUUAAAGAUGAACAUAGAAGACAUCCCCAACGGUACUAUAAUCACCAGAAUACAACCGUGCAGGACUAACUGCUUAGCAGAGGAGAGUUGCAUCACUUACACCGAUGGCAAAAUUAUCCAAGAUGCUAUUCUUAGAUUGCGACACGUUGAAUGUGGGGAAGUUGAAAUUCAAUUGGAAUGGAUCAAUCUUCCCGGUACUAAGGGUUUCUAAUCAUUAAUUAUUUCUUCUCUAUUUCGUUAAUUAUUAAUUAGUAUUUGUUACUUCCUA